GGGACAGAGACCAGGACACUAAGAGUCGAGGCAAGCUUCAGUCCAGACCCUACCAGCAGACCUUGUUCAGUGCGGAAGUACUUCCUCUUGGUCAUCACAGGACACAAACGCAACCAUGAUCAAGAUUUUCCUCCUUCUGCUUCUGCUUGUCGGAACAAAAAGUCAAGCUACUGAAGAUCCAGAAGACGCGGUUGAUCCAGUGGAUCCAGUUGAUCCAGUUGAUCCAGUUGAUCCAGUGGACCCAGUGGAUCCAGUUGACCCAGUGGACCCAGUUGAUCCAGUCGAUCCAGUCGAUCCAGUUGAUCCAGUUGAUCCAGUUGAUCCAGUGCAUCCAGUUGAGCCAGAAGAGCCAGAAGAUCCAGCACCCGUCAUCAAUGUUUUGUUGGACGAAGGCCUUGAAGUUUGCGUUGGGCUUCGCGAUCCCGAAGAAGAUGACGACCGCCACAUUGUUUUCAAGGUUGUUGAUGGCGUCGUCAAAUUAAGUGUGGCCACCACCCAUUAAGCCGUCAAACUCUAAUAAUUUAGAAAGCGCUCAGCAGUUUAUCUGAAUUAGAACUGCAGCAAUAUUAGUUUGACAUUUACUUCUGACAUCAUGUUCCUGUUCUAGCUCUCUAACUGUCAUUCUAUUCAUGACCACUGGGGGCGGUGUGGUUGGGAAGUGGCGAUUUAUGGUGAUGUGGGCAGUGCUCGGUUGGUAGAGUGGCCGUGCCAGAAACUUGAGGGUUCCAGGUUCGAUCCCCGCUUCCGCCAUCCUAGUAACUGCCGUUGUGUCCUCGGGUAAGACACUUUGCCCACCUGCUCCCGGUGCCACCCACACUGCUUUAAAUGGAACUUAGAUAUUGGGUUUCACUAUGUAAAAGCGCCUUGAGUCACUAGAGAAAAGCGCUAUAUCAAUAUAAUUCACUAUUCACUUCAUGUGUAGCGUUGUUCCUGAAAAAAGAUGCUAAUUAGAUUGGAAAAAAUUCAAAUUCAGAAGAGAUUUAAAAAGGAUUGUAGGAACAAAGCAACACUUUAGUCAAUAUUGUUUUUGUUGAAAAGUCUGGGUUAGUGUUUCCUUCUUUGGAGAAUUAAAUCUGAUGGAAUAUCAUGAAGUCUUUGUGCUCUCUGUUUUUUCUGUCAUCAAUCAAUCAAUAAUAUGACCUAAUCAAACUUGA